AUGGGGGACCAGGGUCGGAGGACACAGCCCCCAGAGGCUCCGCCCCCAAUGCCGCAGGGCAGGCGCCUCCAGGCCCUUCUGGUGUCCAGCUCUGAGGUCACCGUUGAGGUGGAUUCAAACGCAGGUCCUGAGGCCAAGAGGGCCCAGUCCCAGCAGCAAGGGAGAUGGAGGGUGCAAGCCCGCCAGGCACCGCGGUCUCUGCAGGUGGACACCAGGCGUAGCCCCGCACGCCCCUGGUGUCUGGCCGGCCUCAGCUGCGGGCUUCCGGGCGCACACACUCCCUUAGGAGGCGCCCCCGUCUCGAGUGGGGCCCAGAGGCCCCAGGCGCCCCAGGACAAGGCCAGCUCGGUGGGCACCCCGGUCCUGGCAUCUGGGAGGCAACACGCUGGGGGCUGCCCGCCGCACGAGGCCCACGCCGAAGCUGGGGGCUGGUUCCGCUCGGAAGGAGCCCGGAGGCUGAGCCAGAGCAGGGGGCUCAGGCAGAGGCCCGGGGGAGCGGCGGCGGCGGCGCGGGUCGCGCGCUCAGCCGAGAGUCCUGCAGGGGGCGCUGCUGUUUCACACGGCGAAUCGGGACGAGGUUUCGGUUUGCGGGGAAAAGAGGGUGGAGCCGGAGAGGAUGUCCCCGCCCACCGGGGCAAGCCCCACCCCUUCUCCCGCCGGCCCCGCCCCCUCCCGCGGGCCCGGGCGGAGGAGCGCUCCGGGGCGCCCCGUCCCUGGGCGCUCAGUUUCCCGGUCCGGCCCCGCGGGAGGACGGCGGCACCACGUCCGCGCGGCCGAAGCGCCGCCCAGGAGGAGGCUCUGGAGAGGCCAGGGCCUCGGGAAAGCCGCCCGCCCGCCGGCCUCCCACUGGGCCGAGGCGGCGCUGCCCCGCGCCCUCCGGAGCGCGGACGCCGGGGGGAGGACAGAGUGGACGCGGCCGCUCUCCCACCGCCCCCAGCACGCAGGCGCCCCUUCCGGAAGCAGUUUCUGUCCCCGGUAGACGAGCUCCGACCCACGGGCCCCACCCCGGAGCCCACCCAGGCCAAGCCCGCCCCUCGCCCGAUCCUCGGGCGCCUCGGCUCCGUGGCCGCCGCUGUGUAUCCGGAGGGUCGGUUCAGAGCUGUAGGGAGGCGACGGGGCAGCACCGAGCUCCCCCGUGAAGACCUGACAUGGAAGCGCAGCGGUGAAGCCACAGAAAUGGAACGACAGUCUGAGUCUCCUCCGCUGCGGACAGGCUCCUCGGGCUUCGGGAGCCAUGGGAUGUUCACGGGGACAGAAUCCAGACGGCACCGCGCCGCGGCCGCCCCUGCCGGACGCCAGGUGGCCAGCGAGCUAGCCGUCUGGAGGCCGAAAGAGGGCGCCCGACACUGCGGAGUGGCCCCGGUGACCUCGCCAAACUGAGCGGGCUUCGUCAGGCGCAAGACGGGCUAACUUUUGACCCUCUUGCAGAAGUGGCCUCCGAGGACUUGGGCCUGGACGCCGUGGGCACCAAGCGUCUGAUCGCGGCUCAUAUGGAGGAUGGGGGCAGCUCCUGGCGGGAGGGAGGAGUCCCAAGGGCCUGAGCAGGUAAGACUCCCAUGGGAGGGGAAGCCCCAGGCCUGGCAGGAACGCCCCACCUGCCAAAGGAGUACACGGAUGGAUGGCUCUCCUCCCAGACCCGCCCCAACUCCCAACCCAGCCUGGGGGAGGGCCCCCUGUACACACUCCUGGGGACUUCAGUGCCCCCGUGCCCACGGUCUCGGGGGGCUCCCCUGCUCUACACCUGGAGACCUCAGCGGGCCUGGCUGUGCCUGCUCGCCCCGCGCAGCUGCUCCGGGGAAGCCAGUCCACUGGGCCGAAGCUGCCACAAAGGAUGGAGGCGGGAGGCAGCGCCACUCACAACCCGGCUCCGGACAGAUGGUGGGGCCGGGAACUGGGCCCAGCUUGCUGGGUGGGACCAGCCGAACACAGUUCUGCAGGGCUGGGCUGCACAUACAAGCUCAGGAGGUGGGUUUACCUGGAUGACCCAAAUCCCCCUCCCCAGAUAAACAGAACCUGCUGCUGCUGCUGCUGAGUCGCUUCAGUCGUGUCUGACUCUGUGCGACUCCAUAGACGGCAGCCCACCA